UUUGUUUGAUCUCCGAUUAAUGGGGAACCAGAUCCAGAAUCGGUGCCAGUGAUGGGUGGUGUGGUGUCGUCUGCAGACAUAGUCGGUCUGUCCUGACUCACUCCGCUGUUGCUGGUUGACAGUCACUCUGGAGGACUGAUGUCACUGGCGUGGUCCAGGGGCUGUUAUAGAGGCUGGGCGGGGCUUCCUGCUGCAGGGACAAAACCAGCCCAGAGCCCCAGACAAACAUCACUUCACUCUUCAUCACAGAGGAACGAGCAACAAUGGGCUCUUUGUUUUCUAAAGAAGAACCACCACAAGAACCACUACCAGAGAGAAGGAUUGUUGUGAUCGGGAGAACAGGAGUGGGCAAGAGUGCUGUGUGCAACACCAUUCUGGGCAGAGAGGAAUUUAAAUCUCUACUCUGCAGUGCCUCGGUGACAAAGCACUGUGAGAAACAUCACACAGAGGUGGAUGGGAGACCCAUAGACGUGAUCGACACUCCGGGUCUCCUAGACACAAGACACUCUGAUGAGGAGACAAUCAAAGAGAUAGUCAAGUGCAUCCAGCUGUCCUGCCCAGGACCACACGCCUUCCUCCUGGUGACACAGUGGGGUCGCUUCACCCCAGAGGAGCAGAACUCAGUGGAGGCUCUGCAGAAGCUCUUCGGAGAGAAGGCUAAGAAGUUUAUCAUCUUCCUGUUCACCAGGGGAGAUGACCUCAAACACCAGACUAUCAACAACUACGUAGAGAUGGCAGAUGGUGAACUGCGUAGGGUGAUCAGGAAGUGUGAGUCAAGGUUUCACAUCUUCAAUAAUAAUGAAAAGAAAGACCGCACUCAGGUGAGGAAGCUCCUGGACAUGAUCGACUCCAUGGUGGCUGUGAACGGAGGAGGCCACUACACCCAGCAGAUGUACGAAGAGGCAGAGAGAAAGAUCAGACAGAAGGAGGAGGAGCUGAGGAGGAAGGAGACAGAGGAACAGAGGAGGAGGGAGGAGGAGGUGGCCAAAAGUCUGGAGAAGGCCAAGAAUCGGCUGGAGAAAGAUCUUCAGAGUUUUGAAGAGAAUAUCUUGAAGAAAUAUCAGGAGAAACUAAGGAAAAUCAGAAAGGAAGAUAAAAAUUCCAGUUAUGACUUUGACUUCAUGGAGGAUCUUACGAGUGGUUUUGCUGAAUUUAAAAAUAUACUUGAGGAUUCUUAAUUGAUCUUAUUAUACAUUAUAUUAGUUGUCUGUCUUUUACCGUUAUUGUUAAAUCUGAUGGUUAAAAAUAUUUCCCCAUCCUAACACGUUAUCCCCUACUCUGUUUAAUAUGUAGACUAAAACUCUGCUGAUCUACGUGAUCAAUGUGCCAGUGUUGAUAAAAAAGGCUAACUUUCUUAAAUUUCUUAAAUUCAAAGAGAGCAGAGAGAGUCACUCGAUUCCAUUUGGCAUCUAUUGAACUGUGGAAACUCCGACCGAAGAGGUGAGCAGAAAAGGUUAUCAAUGACUCCUCUCACCCAGGAUGCCUUUCUUUCAAAACGUUUGUCUCUAUAGAUGCUGCCAGUUGAUGAAAACCUGGUGUCUGAACCACCUCUUCCUCCCUGCUUAACCAGAACACACGAAAACAGGAUACAGUCUGUAUAUAACUGUACACUGUGCAUGUUCUCUGUGCGAAUUGUGCAUUUAUUAUAAAUUGGUUCCAUUUUCUAUUUUCUGUCAAGAUGUGAUAUUUCAAUUUGUAGGAAAUCGUUGGAUUGCAUUCCUUGGAGAAACUAGGUCUGUACUUGAGGACCAUUCAUGAACUAAUUGAUGACCAUUUCGUAAAUAAUCUAAUCAUGUUAACAACAACCUGUUUUUUCGGUCUUCUGUGGAUGGAUUUUAAUAGACUCCGUGUUCGUUACAAAGUCUGAUACUCAAAAUUAAAAUUGUAA